GAGCCACCACUGGCCCAGGGUGACGUCGCUCCGCCGCGCAGCUGGAAGCCUGCGAAGUCAAAUAGCCGCGGGGAGGCUCGUUCCCAUCGGCUUCUGUGAUUGGCUGCGAUCGAGGGCCCGGGCGGCUGGCCAGCAGACUCGCCGAGCGCCGACUGGCCGGAUCUGCUGUCAGUCAGAGGGAACAGACUUCUCCCUCUCCAUCUGGUCAACUGCGGGAGAAAAAUUUUCGAGAAUUUCCAGCAGGCAAGGCAGUGGCCGCUUUGACUGCUUGCUUCGGAGAUCCGAGACAACGGAGAAGGCACUCUUAUUUACCGACCAGGAAAGCCCUUCCCCCGCCCUCCGUUAGCUAAUUAAAACAUUUUUCAGGGACGUAGCAAUCCAAAGACAUUCCAUUAUUGUUCCAUUGACCUUUCCCUCAUCACUGAGUCCUUUGGAGCUGAGUUAUGUCAACAGCUGCCUUAAUUACUUUGGUCAGAAGUGGUGGGAACCAGGUGAGAAGGAGAGUGCUGCUAAGCUCCCGCCUGCUGCAGGACGACAGGCGGGCGACACCCACGUGCCACAGCUCCACUUCAGAGCCUAGGUGUUCUCGGUUUGACCCAGACGGUAGUGGGAGUCCAGCUACCUGGGACAAUUUUGGUAUCUGGGAUAACCGCAUUGAUGAGCCAAUUCUGCUGCCACCCAGCAUUAAGUAUGGCAAGCCAAUUCCCAAAAUCAGCUUGGAAAAUGUGGGGUGCGCCUCACAGAUUGGCAAACGGAAAGAGAAUGAAGACCGGUUUGACUUCGCUCAGCUGACAGAUGAGGUCCUGUACUUUGCAGUGUAUGAUGGACACGGUGGACCUGCAGCAGCUGAUUUCUGUCAUACCCACAUGGAGAAAUGUAUUAUGGAUUUGCUUCCUAAGGAGAAGAACUUGGAAACUCUGUUGACCUUGGCUUUUCUAGAAAUAGAUAAAGCCUUUUCGAGUCAUGCCCGCCUGUCUGCUGAUGCAACUCUUCUGACCUCUGGGACUACUGCAACAGUAGCCCUAUUGCGAGAUGGUAUUGAACUGGUUGUAGCCAGUGUUGGGGACAGCCGGGCUAUUUUGUGUAGAAAAGGAAAACCCAUGAAGCUGACCAUUGACCAUACUCCAGAAAGAAAAGAUGAAAAAGAAAGGAUCAAGAAAUGUGGUGGUUUUGUAGCUUGGAAUAGUUUGGGGCAGCCUCACGUAAAUGGCAGGCUUGCAAUGACAAGAAGUAUUGGAGAUUUGGACCUUAAGACCAGUGGUGUCAUAGCAGAACCUGAAACUAAGAGGAUUAAGUUACACCAUGCUGAUGACAGCUUCCUGGUCCUCACCACAGAUGGAAUUAACUUUAUGGUGAAUAGUCAAGAGAUUUGUGACUUUGUCAAUCAGUGCCAUGAUCCCAACGAAGCAGCCCAUGCAGUGACUGAACAGGCAAUACAGUAUGGUACUGAGGAUAACAGUACUGCAGUAGUAGUGCCUUUUGGUGCCUGGGGAAAAUAUAAGAACUCUGAAAUCAACUUCUCAUUCAGCAGAAGCUUUGCCUCCAGUGGACGAUGGGCCUGAUUACCAGCUGGGACUUAGAGUUUCUGUGCAACAGAUUUUCACUGAGCAUGUCAAGAAACUGAUAAGAUCGAAAAGGUCUCCUAACUCACUAGAUCAGUGCACAAGUCAGUGUAAACCACGUAAUAGUAGUUUUUUCAUAAAUACUCAUCAUAUUUAUGUUCAGCUGUACAUGUUCAGUAUAAAUAUAUGUAUAGUGAAGCUACUGUGAGUCUUUAAAUGGAAAGAGCAAAUGAGAAAUGGUUUGGAUACACUUGAUGAGAGAUGAGAGUGUCACAUUAAUAAUUUUUAAGACUCUUAGGCAGCUAUGAGUUUCUUUUGAUCAUUUUUGUUCUUUAUUAAUUUGAACACAUUUUUGAAGUUCUUCAAAACUAGUCAGUUUGAAUUUUGACAGCUAUUCAAUAUGUGAUUUCCAAGUUUAAAAAAAUUUUUUUUCCAGACUUCCCUAAUCCUAAAAUGCAAGUUUUUAUUUUUAAUAACUGUACCAAGGAAUAAGUAUGAAAACAGUUCUCUGUUAUUUUGUAUUCUGGACCACUUACUGGUGAAAGUAACCAGGCAAAAGAAAUUAAUUUGGCCAGGCACAGUGGCUCGUGCCUGUAAUCCCAGCACUUUGGGAGGCCAAGGUGGGUAGAUUACCUGAGGUCAGGAAUUCAAGACCAGCCUGGCCAACAUGGUGAAACCUCUUCUCUAGUAAAAAUCCAAAAAAAAAAAAAAAAAAAAAUUAACUGGGCGUGGUGGCAGCCAUCUGUAAUCCCAGCUACUCGGGAGGCUGAGGAAGGAGGAAUCACUUGAACCCGGGACACGGGGGUUGCAGUGAGCUGAGAUCAUGCCAUUGCACUCCAGCCUGGGUGGCAAGAGCGAAACUCCGUCUCAAAAAAAAAAAAAAGAAAAGAAAUUAAUUCAGAUGAUAUGACAUUACUAAAUUGUAUACAUAUUUAUAAAUGUGUAUUUCAGCUGUCUCAUCAGCCCUCCCCUCCAUUCAUUCUUAUUUUUCUGUAGUUAAGAAUACUAUAAAAAUGUGACUAUUCCUUAAUAUCAGAAAAGAAUGCACAGCCUGAGUCUUCUGGUCAAAAGUUAAAUACUGAUGGAAUCAAGUAUUUUGUAUGAAGUUCUCAUUUGUUACCUCUAACGCUAUUUUAUGUUUUGUAUAUAGUAUUAUAGUAUGUGUAUAUCACUUUUUGUAUAGAGUAAGCAAUUGAAUAAUUUGUUAGUAAAAAUAAUACCACAUUGACUGAUACUGCUAUAGACAUAGCUUGAGUUUUAUGUCUCCUUUUUGUUCAUUUUCUAACUUAGGAGAAAGAAUACAUCUAAAAUGAACAUUAAAACAUUCUCCAUUUCAGCCUGCUAUGUAACUUAGGAAGUAUAAAACUAUACUUCUCUUUAUCUGCAUGUAAGUUUGCUGUUAAAAUGUGAAUUUCUAAAUGUGUGUUUAGAAUUAUUUCUGUAGUUUAUUUCUGCAAGCUAUGUAAAUUUGUUAUAUGUGUGAGUAUGUAAACAUAUGUAUAUUUUGGAGUAAUAUAAAAUUAAAGGGAACAAUCUUGCAUAGCUCUUUCACCAGUUUUAAAUUAUUGAUAUAUUAUUUUUAAGGACUCUUGACAAACUAGGGGCAAUUUCCUUAUAGUGGAGAACCAGUGAUUAUCAGCAGAUGAGGAAAUAGGUUAAAAAUUGCUAUAUGGCAAUUUGUAUAUAAAGUAAUAGGAUGUGAGAAAAAUACUGAAUCUUAAGAAUGACAUGGAAUUUUGUGGCAGAAACAAAAGAAAAAGUUGAUGUAGUAUAUACCUUCAACUGUUUUUUAAGUUGACUUUUUUUUUCUUUAAGCUUUAGGUAAAAGUGUAUGAGGAGGGAGAGGGCCCAAUAUAAAUAUUCACAUCUUACCUUUUUGGGAAUGGAAGAAGAUAAAUCUUGAGUUUUUCUGCCUAUAUUAAUCAGGAAUUGCCCUUUGAAAAAAGUGCUAAAUAAAUAUUUCGAUUUUUUUUUUCAAGGGAAGUUAGGUGAAAGAAGGAAAAACAUCACAGGAAAGACUAUUAACAUUCUGUUUGUUGUCUGAGAGGUGAGGAAUCAAAGGGAGGCAACUAAAGCGGGAAACCAUCUUGCUUUUUCUAAUCAGUUCUUGGAAAAGAAAUGUGGAAGCUACCUUUAGGAACAUGGAGAAUUUCCAAACCAACAGGCAAAGGAAAACUAAAGCACAAAAAUGGCAUUCUAAAGAUGCAGGUUUCAGCCAGGCGCGGUGGCUCAAGCCUGUAAUCCUAGCACUUUGGGAGGCCAAGGCAGGUGGAUCACCUGAGGUCAAGAGUUAGAGACCAGCCUGGCCAACAUGGUGAAAUCUCGUCUCGACCAAAAAAUGCAAAAAUUAGCCAGGCAUGGUGGUGGGCGCCUGUAAUCCCAGCUACUGGGGAGGCUGAGGAAGGAGAAUUGCUUGAAACUGGGAGGCAGAGGUUGCAGUGAGUCGAGAUUGCGCCAUUGCACUCCAGCCUGGACAGCAGAGCAAAAACUCCAUCUCAAAUAACUAAAUAAACAAAUAUUCAGGUUUCAUUUUUGUUUUGAAUGCUUUAUAUUACUAUUCCUAUUGUUUACUUUAAAAACUAAGAUUAGGAGUGAUGUUGUCAAGUUCAAAGGCGUGAGGGUGAUUGAUGGAUUGAGGUAGAUAGCCAAGUUUGUCUGUUUUUGUUUUUUAUAGUUACAGAGUCUCAUUUUGUUGUCCAGGCUGAAGUGCAGUGGUGCAAUCAUAGCUCACUGAGAUUGCCAGGUUCGACAAAGAGGAAUUUAUAGGAUGCGGAUAUAGGGUAGACUUGACUCUGCUUUAUCCGGGAAAGCUUUUAAAACUCUGAGCCAGUUAACUUUGAGUAAGCAUAAAACAUACUGUACUGGUGUUUGUAUUUUUCAUGCCACAAUAUUAAAAUGGAAUUUUAAAUGUAGAUUAUUAUAAUCUAUAAAAGAUAAGUAUACAUGUAUUAGGAUACUGGAAAAUAUGCAAAUUGUAGUAAAAAAAGGGACUGCUCUAGUUUUUCAGUUAUAACUGAAUUUGCCAUGUGGGUAUAGGUAUAGUGUAAAUUACAUUAAUGUAGUAAAACAUCAAUUGUGGUUGGGUUUGUCUUUCAUUUAUGUGUAGUAUAGAAAUUACCUUUCUAAUAUGUGUUGCCAAACUAUUUGCCACCAUCUAUUUGGUGAAAUAUUCAUUGUCAUUGUGAUUUUCCACAAGUAUAAGUUCUUAAGUACCUUAUAGAUUCAGAAGUAAACGCUGUCCUGUUCUCCAUCAGCUGUUCAUUUGUUACAGAUUUUUUAUUUCUUUUUUUUGAGAUGGAGUCUCACUGUGUCACCCAGGCUGGAGUUUUUUUGUAUUUUUUUGUAUUUUUGUAUUUUUAGUAGAGAUGGGUUUUUUUUUUUUUUUGUAUUUUUAGUAGAGAUGGGGUUUCGCCAUAUUGGCCAGGCUGGUCUCGAACUCCUGACCUCAAGUGAUCCACCCACCUCGGCCUCCCAAAGUGCUGGGAUUACAGGCAUGAGCCACCGCAGCUGGCCAGAUCUUUGUAUGUCUUAAGUGCUUCAAAGUCUUAAGCAUUUUUCUGGGGGGAUGUCCAUUUUGGAGGGAUCCAUUUUGAUCCUUUGUACUCUAUAAUGUGAACUUUCCCGUUCCAACACUUAAAAGAGAAUUAUUAGCACAUAAUCUAAAAGAUGGAAUUUUUUUUUUCUUGAGACAGAGUCUCGCUCUGUCGCCAGGCUGGAGUGCAGUGGCGCGAUCUCGGCUCACUGCAAACUCUGCCUCCUGGGUUUAAGCGAUUCUCCUGCCUCAGCCUCUGGAGUAGCUGGGACUACAGGUGCGUGCCACCAUGCCUGGCUAAUUUUUGUAUUUUUAGUAGAGACGGGGUUUCACCAUACAGGCCAGGAUGGUCUCGAUCCCUUGACCUCGUGAUCCACCUGCCUCGGCCUCCCAAAGUGCUGGGAUUACAGCACUGUGCCCAGCCCGGAAAUUAUUUUUUAAGUGAAAUUUUAUUUUAUUUUUUUUUUAGGAUUUUGGUAGAGAAUGAGUAGGCCUACUCAUCAAUAUCAAACAGGACAUUUAGUUUCUUUCCUUAGAACAGACAUAAAUUUAAUUUCAUGGUAAUAUGAUAAUAAGAAAAUGCUUCUAUUUUUCUUUAGCACCUCCAUCGUUCUCAUGUACCCAUGUCUGUAAAAAGUGACAUGAGAUUUUUGUUGGGUUACAUUUUAUUGUAUUUAUUAGAUUCGCUUAUAUAGAUGACUUAAGCAGAAAUAAAGUCAUGUCUUUACAAGGUGAACAAGCCAACUUGUGAUGGCCUGCCUUUUGCUUUUGGCAUUUGGGAUGAGAACAAUUGACUCUCCCAUUGGUUGUUAGAUGGUUGAAAUGGUGCAUUGGUGGUCAUACUUAGUGUUCUAGGCUGUGAAAUCAUGGAUUUCUUCCACUUCCAAGAAUGACUCAUUUGCUGUUGGAUUCUAGUACAGAAUUUAGCAGCCUGAUGUGUCCCCAAACUGAUUUAAUUUCUACUGAAGUGCCCUUGUGUACAUUUGUUUUGUAAUUUACCAAAGUACUGAGUGUAUAAUGACUCCUACAGUGAGUUAAUGUAAUUGCUGCUUUGACCAUUGUUUUAAAUCCGUGUACUAGAGUAACUGUGAGCAGAAUAAAAUCACAUUAUCUCAAUGUUCAAAAUAUUCUAAUAAAGUACAUGCAUUAAACAA